AUGCAACGAGUUGUGAGCCUUCUAUUCUUGCUUUCUUGUUGCCAAGCGGCGAACAUCCUCAACUUCAACAAUCCAAUGGAAAGAGCCAAGAGAGACAUUUCAUUGGCUGUUACUGGAUCUUGUAUUGUUACCGGUGAUCAACUGUUCGCCAACGGCUUCGCGGUGAGACAACUCAACGACACCGAGCAAAAUCUGAUGCAACAAUAUCAACAAGAUCUUCAAGAGUAUAAAACGACUCGUCAACAAUUGCAGGCUCAAUUGCAAAAUGUGACUAUGAGACGAAUGCGCGGCCAACAACUGUCCCAGACUGAACAAGAAGCCCUUCAGCAGUUGCGCAGCUUGCAAUCCCCAUCGGCGCCAAGUUUCUGCAGUGGAAACGAUACGACACUUUACAUUUUUGACGGAUGCAUGAUCCAGGACAAUAAAGUUUAUGUGGGAAACAACUAUGCCCGAGAUUUGAGCUCUGAUGAGUCACAACAACUCGAGGAUUUCCUCACUCAAAUCGACGCCUACAUGCAAUACAAGCAGGGUCAACUCGAUCAGAAAAUGUCCCAAUUCGCCAACAGGAUGCAAUCAAUGUUCGGUGGACAAGAUGAUGACAAUGAAAACGAUGAUGGAAAUGAUGGAUCGAGCAACUCUGGAAUGAACUCCUCGCCAGCCUCUUUCCCCUCAUCCACUCCAUCCAGUCCUUCAUUCUCCUCAUCAUCUCCAUCUUCUUCAACCGCUCCCACUUUCCCAACUCCACCACAAUUCUGCUUUUCUUUC